AUGCACACCCUCAAAGCCACUGCUGCAUCGUCGUCCUUGUCACUACCUCCGGGUACGUACAUAUACGCAAUUGCAGCAACAGCCCCUUUUUCUUCCGGCACACAGCAGCAGCAGUUUGCUGCCAUAUCAUCCGAUGAUUCAUUACGGCUGUUUGAUGGUCACUCCCUGCAGCCUACUGCCAUAGUAGCUGCAAAGGCUCAUGAUGGUGUCACUGUAUUGAAGGAGUACUAUGGCGACAAUGGUGCCGCAGGGGCUUUAUUGGCUACUGCUGGGAGAGAUGGUGCUGUUAGGUUGUGGGAUGCGCGCGCCGGGCCGUCUCAAAGGGCGAGUGUGGACAUGAGAGUUGAGAAGAAUAUUCCGAUAUUGUCGCUGGCAUGUGAACCCGGAUCACAUACUGUCGUUGCUGGUACGGAGCUGGAAGCUUAUCAGGCCAGUGUUGCUUUAUGGGAUAUCCGAGCUCCGGGAAAUAUACGACAACAGUAUGUCGAAAGCCACAACGAUGAUGUGACAGAGCUACAAUUCCACCCCGCACGCAAAAACGUCUUGCUGUCUGGCAGCACAGACGGCCUCGUCAACCUCUACGACAUCAACAUUCAAGACGAAGACGAAACGCUUCUUCAAGUUAUCAAUCACGGCUCCAUCCACCAUGCUGGAUUUUUAUCCGAGGAUGCAGUCUAUGCUCUUAGCCACGACGAGACGUUCUCAAUCCAUCCUAUUACGAACCCUGACUCUGAGGAGGGUAAUGAUCCUAGUCCAAUUCAGUUUGGAGAUUUGAGGCCGAAGUUACAAUGUGAGUAUGUUGUGCAGGCUGUGGGGACGAAUCAGGGGACUUAUUUGGCUGCUGGGAACACGGCUGGGAAACGCCUCGAUUUAUUCCCUCUCACGGCCUCCCCGAAAUGGGAUUUUGACUACACCAAUGUCUGGCGAUUACCAGAAGCUCAUGGUGAAGAGAUUGUUCGAGCUGUUUAUCUCGAUGAGCAGUCGAGAACAGUGUUCACUGGCGGCGAGGAUGGCAUAAUCCGAGCGUGGAGACCAAACGAGUCUGAGAAUAGUCAUCAUACAGAAGAUGAUGAGAUGGAGGGACAAGAAGAGUCGUUAUCAGACAGAGCGGCGGCUGCUCGGGCGAGGGAUAAGAAGAAGUUUAAAGAUGAGAAACGGUUUAGACCUUACUAA